GCUGUGGGCGGCUGCUGAUUUGUGUGCCCGACCCCCGACAGCCAGAAGGAUCGAAAGGUGUUGAGUGGAUUCGCCCUCGAGUUGGUGUUUUGAUGUGUGCGGUGCCUAUUGUCCGUCCUUGAAUUCGCAGUACCGAUCAAUUUCCGCCCGCGCUACAACAAAGUAGUGGCACAGCGCGAGGUUAUUUGCUGUUCGUAAUUUGGAUAGCUGCUCCAAGUUGUGACAUCGGCAGCCACGAUGGGCAAAGUGUUGUGUGAACUUUGCAAAAAGAAAUGCUCAGGGAAUGCACUACGAGUUCAAGAUCGCUACUUUCACGUUGAGUGCUUCAAGUGUGCUGUGUGUACCAGCUCAUUGGCCCAGGGAGGAUUCUUCUUCAGAGAUGGCAAAUACUACUGUACGGGAGACUACCAGAAAAUGUUUGGCACCAAGUGUGCGGGCUGUGGCCAGUUUGUUGAGGGUGAGGUGGUGACAGCUUUGGGAAACACCUAUCACCAAAAAUGCUUUGUCUGUGCCAGAUGUCGGCAACAGUUUCCCAGUGGGGAAAAGGUGACCUACACUGGCAAAGAGUGCCUUUGUUCAAAGUGUAUCCAAAUACCUGUGGUGACAUCCCAAUCUGUGGAAGAGCCACACAUCAAUGGAGCAAUCAAAUGUGCAGGAUGCUCGGAUGAUCUUCGGGAAGGUCAAGCGUUAAUUGCCUUGGACAAGCAGUGGCACAUUUGGUGCUUCAAGUGCACACAUUGCAGUGUUGUUCUUCAUGGCGAGUAUAUGGGCAGGGAAGGUCAACCAUACUGUGAAAAAGACUACCAGAAGCAGUUUGGUGUCAAGUGUGCCCAUUGUGAUCGGUUUAUCUCUGGUAAAGUGUUGCAGGCUGGGGAAAACCACCACUUUCAUCCCACAUGUGCUCGAUGUUCGAAAUGUGGAGACCCCUUUGGGGAUGGCGAGGAAAUGUACCUGCAAGGAGGCGCCAUCUGGCAUCCGCGCUGUGGUCCAGGGCCCGAUGGUAAAGCGGAGGACAGGAAACUGGAUGACACGCGCAAAGACGCGGUUGCUGAGGAGCAGACUGUUGGCACGCAUCCUCCCAGCCCGAAGAGCUUCCGUUCUGCCAGCCCACUCGACUCUUUGAAAAACCAGUAUGGCCGGUCAUCAAGCCCGGGCAGCUUGCUGGACAAAGAGCCCCUGCUGAGUGACCUCAGUCGUGUGUACGCCUACAGCUACCUGACUGCAGAGCCAACCCAGGGCUAUUUGCGCAGGCCCCUUGAGCCACACCCACCCAAGUCGCCCCAGUUUCACCGGCCACCAGAUGGUUUGGGAAAUCGAAGAAAGCUCCCCAUCAAGCCUCACAUGAAACAAGGAAUGCAAGUUCUUGUGGACACCAUCCAGUCCAGUGUGCCUCGCCCCAAGUCUCCUCACAUGAACAAUGAGGAGCCCAUUGAGUUGGCCCACUUUCCGGGUGCUCGGCCUCCCAAGCCCACUGAGAUCCCCAAGAUUGAGAGGGAUGAUUUCCCAGCACCACCAUUCCCUUACACUGAUCCAGAGCGGCGGCGGCGCUGGAGUGGUAGCUCCAAGGAGUAUGAGGUGGAUGAAGAGGAGGAAGCCGAGGAAGAGGCCUUUGAAGAGGAUCCCCAGCUCAAGAAGGAAGAGGAGGAGCUCUCCAAAAUUGCCACUGGCAUUGGCAAGGUGUUUCUCAAAACAGUGAAAGAGCGUGAAAAAUACAGGGCCUGGAAGAUGACACACGUGGAUCCACGCAAUGCCUCCCGAACACCAUCAGCCAGCAAGGAGCCCACCUAUCGCCUGCGCUAUGACAACCCUGUCAAUGCCUCUCCAUCGCGAGACAUUGACCGACCUCGGCCGUGGGAGGAGGACGAGUUUGACCGGGGAUCCAGCUAUCGGUCAUCCAUGGGACGCUCCGUUGGCACCACACCAACGUACAACGUGGUGUCAUCCCUGCGCACAGUCCCCAAGCCAGGCUAUGGUUUGGCAACCAAGUCAGCAACUCUGCCUGUGGGUGGUCGUGAUUUUAUGGCUCAAGACUUGUCCUUCAGCAAGCUGGAGAAAACCCACAGCACAGAGUUCAGUUGCGGCAAGUCAGAUGUGUCUGGAGCUUCAGACCACGAUGGUGCUGUUAUGAAUCACAGCACAAGUGCGGUCCUUCGAUCGACCCCGUUCUCAGAUGGUUACUCUGGGUUUCGGUAUGCCUCUUACAGUCCACAUCUGAGGCGAUCAAUGCCGAACGUCAACUGGCACCUUUCGACUGAUCCCCCAAAGCUAUACCCCUACCAUCUGCUAAUGACAUCCAACUACCGGCUGCCUGUUGAUGUGGACCGAUGUCACCUAGAGCGCCAUCUUUCCAAUGAGGAAUUCCAGGCACUGUUCCACAUGAGCCGGCUGGAGUUUUACCGUCUACCCGAGUGGAAACGCAAUGACCUAAAGCGGCGGGCCAAGCUUUUUUGAGGGUCACUGGUUUGCUUGUCACUACAGGACCCAAGCAUAUGUUGCUACCUAGCUGAGGGAUGCUUCUUUUGGGCUCAACAAUAACUUUGCCUUUGAUAGAUGCCAAGUGGAGAACAGCACUUCUGCAGAAAAUUUGAGCAUAGGCACUCGUUUAAUUAUUAUGCAAAGCCCAGCUAUACAUUCUCCCUUCUUGGCUUACGUCCACUUUCUCUUUUCACUGCCCGCCUGGUAAAUAAUAUAUUUUGCAUUCAUUGAGGAUUUUUUUUUUUUCUUGCUUUGGUGUGUCCGACAUUGGAUCUAGUCGCUUGCUUUUCAUACCCCCACACACACUUUUUUUUAAAACUUCACUGGCAUUAAAAAAAGAGCCAUUUGGAGAGUAGCAUUAGCAAAAUGCCGCACAGUGAACUGCCUUACAAUCAUUUGCAUCCUGAUCUCUGGCUACUUUUAUUCAGGUCACUGUUGCAGUAUUCUGGGUUGUCAUCAAAUGGCAGGUGUUCCCAGGUGCAUGCCCGCUUUCCACACACUUGUAACAUGGCCUCUUGUUGGUGCAAGCAUUGUCUUGAAGCUGUUAGUGUUGCUGCUGGUGCAGCUGCUCUGUCUGAAGGUAGUGCACUUAGGAAGCUGCUUUUGGCACUUCAGGCUAGGUCAGUACACUAAUGAAGCUUAUGGGCACAGCGUCCCAUUAUGGCUUUAUGCAUAUUUUUAUCAUUUGGUGCAGCGGUCUAUACACAUACGAAGCUAUCUUCCGUGAUGUUGUGUGAGCACUGGCAGCUGUUUUCAUCAUUACUUGCCUCCGAAGGAGAAGCUUAGUUUCCUCUGGUGAGCAAACUUCAUUGUUUUUUAGUGUCCACUAUAGUUACACCUUAAGGCAUAAAUCAUUGUGCUGUUGUUUGCAUAAACUUUCAAGUUUUAAGAUAUUUUAGACAACUGUCGCACACUGGGUUUUGAAUGCAUCACCAUAUUAGAAAUGCAAAGCCAUGAUUUAUCUGCUUAGCAGGUGCCAGUGUAGUUUCAGCCACAGUUCAGUGCUGGUUCAAAAGUACCUUAAUUGGGUCAAUACGUGGAUUACUGUACUACAGCAAGAGCGCCAUGUCACUCACGCAGGUGUGCCGACUUGGAUUGUGCAUACCUGUUAGCUCUGAAAAAGACAUUCGCAGAAAACAGUUCAUAGAAAUAAAAUCUGCUUGCAAUGCUU